AACACUGCACGGGUCCUUAUGUGCUCAGUAAAGAGAAGCAGGCGAGGAGGUGGUUUGGAGAAGUUAUGAAACGUCCAAUGAGCCCUACCUACACGUCAGACUCCAUUGUAUCCAUUCCUGUGGGCCAGAAUGGACAGCCUGAUACCCAAGCGGUUGAUGUUCUGUCCAAGCGAGAGAAGAGCCUUCCGCCGUUCACCUUGUGCGAGGUCUGUAACAUUCAGCUGAACUCCGCCGUCCAGGCCCAGAUCCAUUACAACGGCAAAUCCCACCAGAAGCGACUGAAGCAGAUCCAUAACGGGAAGAUCCCAGCUGCCCACGGUGCCUCAUCACAUGGUGGACCUUUGUUGGCUUCCCUCGGCAUUCCCAACAGACCUCUCCAAACGCACUUUGAUAUCAAGCACUUUCUGACGUUCAGGGUGAAUGGCGUCUCUCCUCUCAGCCUUUUCCCCAACUUUAAUGCUAUGGAUCCUGUACAAAAAGCUGUAAUUAAUCACACGUUUGGUGGGCCAUCUCCUCCAAAAAGGAAACCUUUUAUAUCUUGCAAUAUCUGUCAUCUCAGGUUCAACUCUCUGAACCAAGCCGAGGCUCAUUAUAAGGGUCACAAGCAUGCGCGGAAACUCAGAGCCUUAGAGAGCGCGAAGCACAAACAGAAGCAACAUGGCCGGAGUCGAGAGAGAGCAACGCAGAACACCAAAAGAAGAACAAAUCCUCACAAUGCAAACCCUUCACUCACGACUGCUACAAGUGCCCAAAGCGGCAUUUCUAGCCACGAUGACCUAGAAGCAGAACCCUCUCCUCUGGCUCAGACUCCAGAACCCACCACGACUGACCAUGAAGAAGACUGCUCGUCUCCGGAGGCUGCAGAAAGCCCAGAUGGACCCUUAGACUCCGAAGCUGUAGUACCAGUGACAAACUAUACCCCCGAGAAAGACCCUGAUGACAACUGCGAGACAGCGAAGGAGAGCGAGAAGGAUGCAAAAGGCAGGGAGCACCUCUACUGCAUGACCUGCAAAGUCACUGUGAACUCCGCAUCCCAAUUAGAAGCUCACAACGCGGGAGCGAAGCAUCGGUCCAUCCUGGAGGGACAGAACAUCCACCCGAGGAAAGGGAGAGGCAAAACCCUGAACCGGGCAGCCAGGAAACCAAAACGGAUCGGCAACAAAACCAGUGUUGGGAUUCAGAGCAAGACGUUCAGCUGUCCAAUAUGCGAGAUCCACGUGAACUCCGAGACACAACUUAAACAGCACAUGAGCAGCCGGAGACACAAAGACAGGCUGGCUGGGAAGCCACCGAAGCCUAAAUUCAGUCCGUUUAGCAAGUUUCAGAAGAAUACAGCAUUGGCCACCAGACUGGCCCUGCAGAAACAUCUGACUAAGACUCUGGCGGCGCGCUUCCUUCCGAGCGCCCUCACUCCAGCGACUGUCUGCGCUCUCCCAGGCUCUCUCGCUCUGCGUCCUGCUACGGCCGCCGCACUCUUCCAGACCCCUCUGCUGGGGCCGGCUCUCUUUCGAAGCGCUCCCCCAGCCUUGAGGCCAGCUGCAGCACCCAUCAUGUUUGCUCCAUACUAACCUGGACCCUUAUACAGAACUCUAUGACUACAGAGAGCGCAGC